AUGGAGAAUUACAUUAUAUCAGAUAAGUAUGAAGAAAUCCCGGCUGAACCAGCUUUCCCCAAAGAAUAUACAACAAAUGUUGCUGUUAUGAAAAUUAAGAAGGGGACGAACUUCCAAAGCAUCAUAAGCUACGUCAUGAAGCUCUUCGCUGAUGAAACUCAUCAAUAUGUUAUAUUCGAAGGAAUAGGAGACGCUGCUGAUAAAUGCAUUUCUUGUGUCGAAGUGUUCAAAAGGAAAUAUGAGAAACUUCUGUAUCAAUGGAACUCGUUAGGAGUAGGAAAAUCUGUAACAUAUUGGAAUCCAUUAAACGAUCAAUUACAAAAAAUACGAGUUAGCGUCGAUACUCCAGUUAUGCAUAUACUUCUUUCAAAAAAUCCUUUCCCUCCUAACUAUGCUUGUGCAAGUAUGCAGACAACAGCAACAGGCGAACGAGGGCCUACUAGAGAGAAUCAGAAUCAGAACAAGAAGAAACCCGUAAACAAACGUCAAACGGAUUCAGGAAGAUCCCCAGGAACUCCUAACAAGUGGGCCAGGCCAUCUAAAGAGCAAUCCAUCCAAAGAAGUAAAGAAAAAGAAAAAAUUCUGAGUGAACUUAGUACAGAUCCUAAUUGA